AUGGGUGGGGAGGCCCAGAGACUCUCUGACUGGAUCAUCUAUAUUUACUCUAACCUGUCCUCUGUUCCCUGGGUGGGCAGUGCAGCGGCAGCAGUGGCUCCCGUUUCUCCUCCUACACCUGGUCCCUACCAUGUCCUCUACCGAGGGUGUGGAGAAACGCACUUGGGCUGGCAUGGGGAGACAUACUGCCUGGUUGGUGGCUACCGGGCCUACGGGGAUGUUCCUUUGGCCACGCCAACAAAGGGUGAAGCAGAGAAGCCAUCCCCCAGGCGUGCUCCCAAGAGAAAGCACGCUCCGGAAGAGUCGGACGAAGAUCUUGGUUGCUCCAGACCCAAAAUCCGGCGAUUGUAGCAUGGUGCCAGAAGGCGGACCCCACAGAAUCUUGCUGGCUGAGCCAUCUUGAAGAGAGAGCAAUGGUUUAACUGCCUAAGGCAGCGAAUGCCUCUUUCUGCAGUGACCCCCCCCGCCCCCCCACUGCCCACUGCCACAGAUUAGAACUUGCGUCGUUCUGUCUGAGCC